AUGGCCGAGCUCCCGUCAGUGGUGCACCUCACUUCGCACCCCAUCUGCCUGAGGAUCUGUGGGCAAUCGGUGUAUGAGGAUGAGAAUCAGCACACAUGGCUGCAUCUUGUCAUGGACACAGGAGGUGUCCUGCAAGUACGGUUGUGGCAGGACGACAUCCCCAGUUUGUAUAUCGCACUCACUGCCAACCCGCAGACCUCGAGCAGCAUGCCUUGGAUGUGGACGCUCCACCUUGGCAGCCAGUACCAGGACUCCAUGGGCCAGUUCUGGCGCAUCGUGCACCACGUCAAGGAGGAUGACAUGGAGGAAAUGAUCCUUGAGCUGAUGGACAACUCGUAG